GCGACCUUGGCCAGCGGAGCCCGCGGUGGCCAUAGGGCGGAGGCCGAGUCCAGCCAGGAGUCUUGGCCGAGCGGGAGGGGGGAGCAUCUGGCGCUCAGGUCCCAGCGGCGGCCAGGGGUCUGGAGCGGCUGGCGAAGCGCCGCGGGAGCUGAGACUUGCUGACCCGUCCGGAGGGCGGACCCCGGCAUCCCGGAGCCCCGGCAGGAGUAGGGCGGGGAGCGAAGCCACGCGUCUUCUCAGGCGUCCAGCUGCACACGCUCCAGGCUGCGGUUCCAGGUACCCUAAGCUCUAUCUAGCAUCGGGCGCGGAUAACUGGAGGCGCAGCGCCGAACCCUCCGCGCCCAGGUCACCUCUCCAGACCUAGCCCUGCAGAGACCUGGGCUUCGGGGCGCAGGGACCGGACUCCGGGUCAGACUGCGAGCCCCACCCAGAAAAGAGGGCGCCGCCGAGAGCUAGGAGGCGGCGCCGCGCUCCGGAGGUCGUGUUGUGGGCGCCGUCCUAGUGGCGGGGUGCGCACGGCGGAGGGGACAUGCGGUCGGAGAAAUCCCUUACGCUGGCGGCGCCGGGGGAGGUCCGUGGGCCGGAGGGGGAGCAACAGGAUGCGGGAGACUUCCCGGAGGCCGCCGCCGGCGGCGGCGGUGGCGGCGGCGGCUGCUGUAGCAGCGAGAGGCUGGUGAUCAACAUCUCCGGGCUGCGCUUCGAGACGCAGCUGCGCACCCUUUCGCUGUUCCCGGACACGCUCCUGGGGGACCCCGGCCGCCGCGUCCGCUUCUUCGACCCGCUGAGAAACGAGUACUUCUUCGACCGCAACCGGCCCAGCUUCGACGCCAUCCUCUACUACUACCAGUCCGGGGGCCGGCUGCGGAGGCCGGUCAACGUGCCGCUGGACAUCUUUCUGGAGGAGAUCCGCUUCUACCAGCUGGGGGACGAGGCCCUGGCGGCCUUCCGCGAGGACGAGGGCUGCCUGCCCGAAGGCGGCGUCGACGAGAAGCCGCUGCCCUCCCAGCCCUUCCAGCGCCAGGUGUGGCUGCUCUUCGAGUACCCCGAGAGCUCGGGGCCCGCCCGGGGCAUCGCCAUCGUCUCGGUCCUGGUCAUCCUCAUCUCCAUCGUCAUCUUUUGCCUGGAGACGCUGCCCCAGUUCCGUGCAGAUGGUCGAGGUGGAAGCAAUGGAGGUGGUGUGGGUAGAGGCUCCCCCGUGUCCAGGGGCAGUCAGGAGGAAGAGGAGGAGGAAGACGAUUCCUACACAUUCCACCCAGGCAUCACCCCCGGCGGCAUGGUGGCAGGGGGCUCAUCCCCGCUAAGCACUUUCGGGGGUUCCUUCUUCACGGACCCCUUCUUUCUGGUGGAGACGCUGUGCAUUGUCUGGUUCACUUUCGAGCUGCUGGUGCGCUUCUCCGCCUGCCCCAGCAAGCCAGCCUUCUUCCGCAACAUCAUGAACAUCAUCGACUUGGUGGCCAUCUUCCCCUACUUCAUCACCCUGGGCACCGAGCUGGUGCAGCAGCAGGAGCAGCAGUCAGCCAGUGGAGGGGGGGGCCAGAACGGGCAGCAGGCCAUGUCGCUGGCCAUCCUCCGAGUGAUCCGCCUGGUCCGCGUGUUCCGCAUCUUCAAGCUCUCCCGCCACUCCAAGGGGCUGCAGAUCCUGGGCAAGACCCUGCAGGCCUCCAUGCGGGAGCUGGGCCUGCUCAUCUUCUUCCUCUUCAUCGGCGUCAUCCUCUUCUCCAGCGCCGUCUACUUCGCCGAGGCGGACGAUGUCGAUUCGCUCUUUCCCAGCAUCCCGGAUGCCUUCUGGUGGGCCGUGGUUACCAUGACCACCGUGGGCUAUGGGGACAUGUACCCCAUGACAGUGGGGGGCAAGAUCGUGGGCUCGCUGUGUGCCAUCGCCGGGGUCCUCACCAUCGCCCUGCCUGUGCCCGUCAUUGUCUCCAACUUCAACUACUUCUACCACCGGGAGACGGAGCAAGAGGAGCAGGGCCAGUAUACCCACGUCACUUGUGGGCAGCCCACCCCGGACCUGAAGGCAGCUGACAAUGGACUUGGCAAACCUGAAUUCCCUGAGGCCACCCGGGAGCGGAGACCCAGCUACCUUCCCACUCCGCAUCGGGGGUACGCGGAGAAGAGGAUGCUCACCGAGGUUUGACUGAUGCCUGCACGGAAGACACGGAGCAAACAGUCCCUUCGGGUUUCCUUCUCACUCUCCACUGCUCACCCCUCAAGCUCCAGGUGACUUCCCAACUCCCUCCCCGACACCCGGUGGUUGGUGCCAGGACCACACGCCUGGACCGUCAGCCUUGUUACUUGAUCCCUGCAGCAUCCAAGGUUUAUCCAUCUAAGUGACAUUUUUGAAAUUCUAACGGUGCCAUCCAUUUGUGCCCAUCUUCUGUCACAUGGAUGAGAUUUCCAUCUGACCUUCCUUCAAGACUCUGACUUUUCAUGUCUGGGACUUAGAAGAUCUCUAGGAAGAGUGAUGUUGACAGCACAGAAACCAGGCAUACCUGGGCCCCAUUUCUCCUGCAUCCUUGGCUUUGGGGCAUGCACCUGUCUUAGUUUGCGGCCACAUGGUAACUAGCAGAAGCUGGUGGACCAAAACAUGGCUCAUCCAGUUGUUUUCCUCCAGUGCCCUGUUCAUAGACUGGCCCUCUUGCAGAGGACCCUUGGGAGAGCCUUCAGCUGCACAGCCUCAAAAGCUGUGAUUCAUCCCUAAUCUUGAAUGGAAUUAGAGAAACUACAGUUACCCUUGGCCAUUUGGAGAUUGUGAGAGUCAGUCCUGGAUCAAAGGGGCCAAUGGAUUUUUCCAGAUGUGACUUGGCACAGUAGACACCAGUCUUUGGUCCUGUCAUUCUGAUCUCCUGACUCUCUCUGGCUUCCAGGAAGGCUCCUUCUCAGAGCCAAAUACUCUUUUGGUGCAAGUGCCUUCCUGCACAGAGAAAGUGGCAAAGGGGAACCACAGAGCCGGGAGAAAACAGCUGAAUGGAAUCGAGCACCUGGCUCGACUGCUUAUCAGAAGAGAGGUGCCUCUCAGACGAUGCCGUGUCAGAAGGGCAGAGGAGCUAGCUGCUGAUAGCGUAUUUAUCUCUCACACAUCCCCCAACCCUCUCUAGCCACCGCCCCCCCCUUCCUGGAAAUUUGACUUAGGAUUGCAGUUGAAGGCUUUCUAUAGAGACUCCACCUUACACCUGCAGACAGGUCAUUGGAUGCUAGCGUGGGUUCCCCCGCUCCCAUUUCCUGGGAGAUGCGAGAGGUGGUUUAGAAUAAGGAAGAAGCCUUAGUCCUUUGCUGACAGCUUCACGGUUAGAGGUUUUUUUUUUUUGGCUGAGUUAAGCAAACAGUUGUGCGGCUCAGGCCCUGGGGCUGCAGCCUAUGGCUCUAACUGGUAAGGAGCCGGGGUGGUGGGAGUUACCACCUGGACCAAGCCAUCUCCUUGUGUCAUGAACCCCUCCUUCCCACUCGCCCAUGUCCCCUCAUCUCUGUCCUCAUCACACUGUCAUUCAUGUGUUGCCUUGAUAAACUGUGAUGUACUGUUCUGAGCUCUCCCGGGUGCAGUUCGGUAACUGAAAGGACCAUUAACCUGUUUUUUCUUUCUUUUUUUAAAUUUUGUAAUCUAGGCUUGAAGACUCUUUGAUGAGGGUUUUUUUAAACAGUCUUUUCUCUAAGAGCCGCUGAUGAGGGAUGGCCUCUUGAGGGUUUUCCUGAGUGACACUGUGGCACCCGCGGGUGCCUGAUCUCUGUCUGCAUUUUACCACACUUUACAGGGUAGCUAGGGUGCCGCAGUUCCUCUCUGUGCCUCAGUUUUCCCCAUCCAUUCAAUGGGAACAUUCACGUCUGACCCCACCCCUGCCUCAUGCCCCCUGGGGCAGGUCCCGGGAACGCCUCAGGGAGCCUAGGGGUGAUGCUAUGCAAAUGUGUGACUUUUCCUAAUGACUUCUGGUUCAAGACCCUGUUUCCCCAGCUCCCCGGGGCAAGGCCUCCCCCCUAGACUUCCUGCCUCAGAUCCAAAGCCCACCAACCAGCCAUUCUGGGCCACGUUAGCCCUGUCACUCCCUCCCUGGCCUCUGGAACUGCUCGUCAGUCUUGCUUCUUACCCUUCGGCAAAGAGGAGGCUGUUUGGAUGGAUUCAGUGGGAUCCUUCCAGGGCCAGACAGCAUCUCGGUUGGGAGCGUGGCGUCUCCAAACCUGAAAUGCCGUAGGAGAUGUUCAUGAUUCAGACACCUGCUCUGAGGUCCUAAAAUGCCAGUUUCCCCAUCUCUUCAGUUACCCCUGGCUGUUCAGGGCGAGGAGAAGGGCCCACCCAGAGGCAAAAGGGGGUGCUCCCAGCGAGGGUAAAUGUUGGAGCGAGUAUGCUUGUGUCUCUGUGUGUACGUGUGCUCGCCCUCAUCACCGUUUCCUUUUCAAGUCAGAGUCUGCCCGAAAGUCAAGGGUUUCUGGAGAGCUGGGCUCUCCAGGGACUCUGGUUGCCAUAGCAACCUUCCAGACUGUUCUCUCUAUCUUCUGCUUUGGGCAGUAAGGAAGAGCAUGCGUCUACCUAUUCCCAGCUUCUGAAUCGGGGACACCUCUCCCAUAUUGGUUUAGGGGACGGUGGCGCCAGGACGGGGAUGCAUGCCCUUUGGAACAUGGAGGGGGGAGAAGCAGGUCCCCAAAACUUCCCAUCUGGACCUUUCUUCCUGGUUUCCCCACCUGGUCCUUGCAGCUGCCUCGUCUCACCACCGAGUCUUCAGAAACUUGAAUACUAAGCAACUGCCAGUUAAACCCCUGUUGAUAUGAUCUGUUUGGAAAUGGCCUCGGAGGGAACGGGCUUCUGGAGGGAAGCGGGGUCUCGCCAAGGGUCACACUAGUUUUAGUCCACAACAGCCCCAUGGAGCGCUCGCGUCCUCAGAGAGAGGCUCCUGCCAGCUCCUCUCCUUUCAAGGAACAGUCUAGCACCUGGGAGGAAUCCCAGAGGUGAUUCUCCUUAAGACGUCCAAGGAAAACGGACAGGCUGACCUGACCUAGUUUCUCUGGAAGAUUUUGCCCAUCGCUCUCCUUCUGCCUCUGAGCCGUUUGGUGUGGAUCUUGCUCCCUGAGCACCAAGGGGAGCUGUGCCCAGUGCCGCCGUGACAGCUGGGGUGGUGACUUCACAGCUGCCAGCAGAGGAACUCAGGCCAUCGUUACACCUGGCUCAGGCCCCACAGGAGCUCCCCGAGGUCUUCCUGGAUCCGGCAGGCUGAGCUGAGAUGCGGGAUGUGCCUCCUGCCUGAUCGGCCCCAGGAGAGGAGGGGACAGCUGGCCGCCUUUGCACCUGAGGGGAGAAGGGAAGAGGCUGGAGCAGAGGUCCAAGCCUGGAGACCUACACUUGCCUUUCUGAUAGUGGCUGGACAAGGAGAGCCUGGACCCUUAACUUCCACGGAUGAGACCUGCUCCUUGGGCCAACUGGCCUGCCCCCUCUCCAGUGGUCUCCCACGUGCCAGGACCAGGCUGGAAAAAGCUGGGACAGGACCCACUGGCCUUCAAAGUUGGGGUCCAGGAUGUUGGGGUGAGGCUGGGGGCAGAGAGGUGGAAGCUGAUGGUGCGGAUAAAAGAUACCAGGGGUCAAAGGAUGCGGGCCAGUGCAUGGCCAUCCUGCAGGCCCAUCCAGGAAAAGGAUGGCUGUGAAGUGCGAACAAAUAAAUUCAUGAGGAGUCUUGGA